GCGCGACGCGCGUCAAGAGCGCUGCUUUCUGCUUGAGAUUGUGCUACGCUUGCGCGCGCAGUGGGAAGCGGCUCGGGCGGCUCCGGGGAGAGUGCCGGCAAAGGCGCGGCGUCGCCUUCAGCGCGCAGUUCUGUAGCGCACACGCAGCAGCCGCUGGCGCCCCCUUCGCGAGCAGCGCUGCGAGCCCACUGGCAGCGGGCGGCUCUGGCGCACCUUUCGCCGCGCCCCGCUUCGGCGCCAUAGACUCCGAGCGGCUCAGGCAGGCGAUUGCGUUCGGCGUCGACGGGAACACGCCGGCUCCGACAAUCGUGAAGGAUCUGGAGAAUAUGCUCAGGAACCUCCUAGGCAACGACCCGGAGGGAAUUGUGAAGACUACCGCGGACCCAACUAAAUUUGGUGUGAUUGAAUUCCCUAGUGCACGGGCUAAGGUGGAUUUUUGGAAGAAGGUGCGGGACGAGCUAUAUAAACAUGAAGAGGCAUUUGGAUACAUCUUGUUCCGCAGCAAUUUGACUAAGGAGGAGAGGGGGCGUGAGAAAUGGAUUGGAUAUGCGAAGUACCACUUAGGCAAACACCCCAACCACACAAUUACAGAGGUGAAAAUCUUAUGGCGGAAGGAGAUGGUCGUGAUCAGGGACGGGGUAGGGAAGGAACGUAAGAUAGCAUGGCACGAUGCAGACGGUGGAUGGCGCACGACGGUGACCGGGAAAUUGGCGGAAGCAGCAGUGGAAGAGUCAAUGCGGAAGUGGAGGCUUGAAGUAAAUCCCGAACCAGCCGAGGAAAGCGAGUGGCGCCAUUCCGGCGACGCGGACGGACAGCGCCAGGGAGUGCAGAGACAGAUCGAUUUUGUGCUCACCAACCGGCGGGUUUGGAGCACGAUGUGCGACUGUGAGACAACACUUGCCAUUGACAUGGGCUCUGACCACCGUGCAGUACGAAUGGCAAUGAAGAUGCCCGCGAACACCGCGGACACGAACCAGCUGGUCAAGCGGAACAAGAAGUCCAACCGAGAAGUACCGAAAUGGCCGCCAUGCGACCUGUUGCUCUACCGGGAGCGUCUCACGGACAAACUGGAUGGUAUGCUUUUGGAUUUACAAAUGCAGUUGAACAUUGAAGAGGUCGAA